GCACCAGCAGGCGCACGGGGGACCCAAGACCCAGCCGUGGACGGGGCAGCUCCGCGUCGACAAACCUGGGGAAAGGAAUGAGGAAGGUCCGAAUUCUUACCUACAUACACAGUAGACACAGCUGCUUCUUCGAUCCAACAGUCCACCUCAAAUCCCUCCUGCUCGACUAUUCAUUCGAACUUCGAACAACCUAGGUAGCUCGCACAAAACCCCAAGCAGAUCAGGGCCACACGGUAACAAUUCAACGCGGACCUCGUUACGAAACGACAUCCGACAUCAACUCGUGGCGCGACGCCAUUCACCACCAUCGCCAACUGUCGUCCGCAACUACGGCGCAUUAUCACCACAUCUCUUCUUCUUGAACAUAUCCGCCUUGUUUGAAGGGGCGUACACAUUGAGAGAACAAAACAACCCGAUCUUCUACACACGAAUCAUUCAGCUACAAUGACUAGAGAACACUCUCCUGCGGAUGACUCGCCGCUGUCAUCAAUGGCGUCGUCCGACGAGGAAGAGAUUUUCGCGGACGAGGUGCCAGAAGCCGUCGACGAACCAGAGGAGCCCCCCACAAAGCGUAUCAAAGUUACCAGCGGGUCGACAGCCUCGUCGGCUGUUAUCCAGGAGCCCGAGGCAGACCCAGACUUUCCAGACGGCAUGUCCGAUGUCUCCUCCGAUACUGAUGGCGACAUCCCGAGUUCCCCAAUCAAUGCGCGACAAGACGAAGAUGACUUCCAGGAACAAGUCACUGUCUGUGCUUGGGAAGGUUGCAAAGUUGGGGAUUUGGGAAAUAUGGAUAGGCUCGUUGAACACAUUCACAACUCGCACAUCGAAGGUCGACAGAAGAAGUACACGUGCGAAUGGAUCGGGUGUAGCAGGAAGAGCUUACCGCAUGCCAGCGGCUAUGCGCUCAAGGCGCACAUGCGAUCUCACACGAGGGAAAAGCCAUUUUACUGUUAUCUGCCAGAAUGCGACCGCGCUUUUACACGUUCCGAUGCCCUAGCCAAACAUAUGCGGACAGUCCACGAGACCGAAGCUCUACGGCCUUCUGACCCGGUGCCCAAGAGUAUGCAAGCAGGGGGCGGUCCGGCUGGAAAGUCAGCCAAGGUAAAAAUCAUAAUUCGAAGGCCGGAUUCUCAUGCGGCCGGACAAGACGACUCGGUUGACGAUGCUAGCGGCGGAGACGACGGGGCUGAUUUUACACCCUUGACCGAAGACCACGGUUUCACUACCAAGGAACUCGACAUGCCGCUCGACAGGUUGAUGAAGCUGUGUCGACUACAAGUCAAGUUGGUAGAAGCGGAAGGCGAGAAGUUGCGCAAGGACUGCAAGCUCUGGGAAGAGCUGUACAAGCAGGAGUGGCUUGAGAAGGAAAUCCUCCUCGAUCAGGUCGUACGCAGCGAACAGGCCUGGCACGCACGCCGUCAAGCCGUGUUAAAGGGUAUGGCGGACGUUCAGCUGCCGGAAAAAGCUGUGGCAAACGGGACAGCUGGUGAGAACGAUACAGCCGAGGCCGCCAGACUCACUGUGGAGGAAUAGGUGCCGAUUCGGCGCUGCUAGGGCGGCUUAGGCGCCGUACCGGGCAAAUGCUUCAAACCACACCGUCCGUUACCCUUACGCGUCAAGGGUUUUGGAAGGCCUUGUUACACUCGCAUAAGCCGUGACCUCGCCUUCAAAAACGAAGAACAAGGCAUUGCUUGACGCCUUGUCACACUCCGUCGAUGAGUGUGCAAUCCUACAGCGGCUGCUUGGCUUUUAUCCAUCCACUUCUUUCGUUUUUUGUUCGAAAAACCGACACGAGCAUUAUUUAAUAAUCUGGGGCGUAUGGAGUAACGAUAAUACAAUUGAGCAUGGUUAUGGGUUAUGGAUUACUUGUGGGUAACAGGGUAUCAUAGGUUCGACAGCUUUUUACAGUAUCAAUCAAUGUGCCUGCUUGUCGCUGGUGAAGCAGGAUGCAUCUGCUCGUAGCCAGCGUUUGUUCCUCGCUGGAAUUAACGUGUGGACAUCUCAAGCACAGCAGUAUACUGGC